AAAUUUGUUUAGACGAAGUCCGUGGUCGAGUCGUAAGAUGGCGCUCUACGCCUCCUCCUCCUCUCUUCUUCGCCUCAAAACAAUCCCGCCGUCGCAUUCUCUCUCGCCCCGACCCUUUCCCCGCCCGCUCUUGCGAUCGGACCGUGCGAAAGCAGCGCCUCCUGCCUCGAGAGCUCUCCGAGAAUGGCGGGAUUACGAAGACGCGGUGAAGCGCAAGGACCUUGCUUCCGCCCUCCGGUUCUUGAGGUCCCAAUCUGUUGCGGGCGACGUUGUUGGGGAUGACUAUGAGGGAGACGAGGUGGGGAUGUACCUGUCUGGGAAACCGGAGGAGAGGGAUUGGGAGGUCCUGGAUACGUGCUUGAACGCCGACGAUAUGAAGCUCGUCACCAGUGCUUACGCCCUUCUCAAGGACCGGGGUUUCUUGCCCAAUUUCGGCAAGUUCCGGACCAUCGUUCUGGAGGGACCGAGGGACGUUACGCCCGCAGUACUCAAGUCUUCCACUGGGUUGGAAGUCACUAGAUUUUCCCCCAAGAAGUGGGGUCUUGAUGGAACCUCGAGUACCCUCUUGGUCGCUUUUCUCGGCGGAGUUUCCUUUCUUCUCUCGCAAGGGAUUGAUAUUAGACCUAAGCUGGCGGUGAUACUAGGACUAGCUUUUGCGGACUCAGUGUUCCUUGGUGGUUCUUGUUUAGCUCAAAUUUCAAGCUAUUGGCCUCCAUAUCGCCGACGAAUCCUUGUCCAUGAAGCUGGCCAUCUCCUUACAGCAUACUUGAUGGGUUGCCCAAUACGUGGCGUAAUUUUGGAUCCAAUCAUUGCAAUGCAAAUGGGCAUUCAGGGACAGGCAGGGACGCAGUUUUGGGAUGAGAAGAUGGACAAAGAACUCGCUGAGGGGCGGCUAAGCAGCACUGCCUUUGAUAGGUAUUCCAUGGUGCUUUUUGCUGGCAUCGCUGCUGAAGCUCUUAUCUAUGGUGAUGCUGAGGGUGGAGAAAAUGAUGAGAAUAUGUUUAGGAGCCUAUGUGUCCUAUUGGAACCCCUGUCAGUUGCACAGAUGUCAAAUCAGGCCAGGUGGGCAGUUCUGCAGUCUUAUAAUCUGCUCAAAUGGCAUAAACAAGCCCAUCGAGCUGCUGUGAAUGCUCUGGAGAGUGGCUUCAGUCUUAGCAUGGCAAUCAGGGAAAUUGAGGAAGCAAUGUCUUCUCGGAAAUGAAAAUUAGGCAGUGGAUUGACUUGCAGUACUGUCUCGUCAACUCAUGUGGGCAACCUAAGACAUUGACGAUUGCGUUCCUUGGUGGGCCUAUUGAUGCUCAGAGUCUCAGUGAUAAGCCUGAGAGUCUUGACUGCCAACAUAUAAUGGGCAUGCCGUAGACCUUCAUAAGUGAAAAUGCAUAUCGUAGGCUUGAGGAUGAAGGCCACUCUGACAGGGACUUGUAGAGAUGUGGUUUGGGUCACUCAAAGCCUUAAGGAGCAACUCUGCUCUGUGAAACUGACCACGAGUUCUUUGGGUUGCUUAACUGACGACAUGGAUUUUGCACACUCAAGAUGAAGCUGCAUAAGCCCCUAAAUUUGUUCGUUGGACUGGCAAGUGUCUAGAGUUGGUUACUUGUUAGCUAGAAACCACAUUGGAUUGUACAAAAAAUUUGGUUGGAAAAGAGGCUGGAGCACUAUGUACAUGACCUCCUUUCAGCAGUACUUUCAUUUCGUAUAACCUUGACUGUUGUCUUGUUUGUCUAAUGAGUCCAAAUCUUCUGGUAGUUUGCUGUCAUGGAACAUUGUUAAGAUAAAUUGGGAGUGAAAGUUUAGAUGGUUAUUCUCUUA